AUGAACGGCACUCAACAGACCCAAGACGCUGUCGCACAAGAGCCAUUGCAGCCAGCAGCCGCCAAUGCUAAUGCUGCUGCGAACGCCAAUGGUUCGUCGACGGCGGCUAAGAAGCGCAAGAAGGAGAGUCUGAAGCCUAUUAUUACCACCGAGACACCACCUCCGAUUUGGCACACGGCACAGCGAAAGCAGAGGGCAGUGUCCAGUCAAUGUGCCCAGCACCGCGCCGCGCAGUUUGUCUCACACCCGGGCAUCUGGACAUAUGCAGAGCAACGGACCGCCUUCGAAAGAUGCUGCGACAGCACUGUCAAAGACGUGGAAGAAGAGCACGAUGAGACGACAGACAACGAAUAG